AUGGCAUCUAACAAGUUGGAAUCCUUCUACAGGUCUUGUCUCUUCCAGAUCAUCAUCGUUGGUCUGGUCGGGUUUUGUGAGCCUGGUAUAUGGACAGCUCUAAACAAUCUUGGUGCAGGUGGCAAUGCCAGCGCCACCCUCAAUAACGCGGCCAAUGCAUUGACCUACGGUCUCAUGUCAAUAGGCUGUGCACUUUGCGGAGGUGUCUCGAACUACAUUACUCCAAAAUGGACACUCGUGCUCGGAGCCGCUUUCUAUACACCUUAUGCAGCUGGUCUCUACUGCAACAACAGAUUCGGCAAUGAGUGGUUUUUGCUCUUAGGAGCCGGCCUGUGUGGUGUUGGUGCGUCGCUGUUGUGGGCAAGCGAAGCAGCUAUAGCUGUGGGCUACCCUGAGGAAGCAAAGAGAGGAAAAUAUGUGGGUAUAUGGAUGGGCAUCCGUCAGCUGGGACCGCUCGUCGGUGGAGCUAUCUCCCUAGCCAUCAACAUCAACACAGCCCAUACAGGGAAGGUCAGCUACAAGACAUACCAAGGUCUCAUCGCCAUCUCAUCUCUAGGUGCUCCAUUUGCUUUGCUCUUGUCGCAACCUCGCAAGGUCAUCAGAAGUGAUGGAACACCAGUUCCUUAUAUGCGCACCACAAACGUCUCCAUCGAGGCUCGCGGGAUCUUGAAGUUGUUGAAGACUCCUUACCUCGUACUGCUCUACCCCAUCUUCCUUGCUGGGCAGUUCGGUACGACCUAUCAGGGAAACUACCUUACAAACAACUUCACCGUUCGCUCCCGAGCCCUGGCAUCAUUCCUCAGCGCAGUCGUCGGUCUUACAGCCAACCUCCUCACAGGUGCACUCUUGGACUUAAAACUCACGGCGACCAUCAAGUCUCGAGCGGUAUACUUAGGCAUCGCUCUUGUCGUCACUGCAGCCUGGAUAUGGAACGCCAUCGUUGAAGUCGACAUUUCCAAGAGCUCUACCGGACCUGAUCUCGAUCUAGACGAUGGCGCAUUCUUCAACUCUGCCUUUGCCGUAUACAUCCUGUUCAAGUUCUUCUACGAAGCGAUGCAGACAUAUAUUUACUGGCUACUCGGUGCGAAGAAGGGUACGCAAAAGAAUGGAGAAGUGUCGCGCAUGACCGGUAUCAUGCGCUCGUGGGAGUCCAUCGGCUCAGCAAUUGCAUACGGCAUCGGUGCUUCGAGCGUCUCGAACCGCAACCAGAUGAUCAUUGCCUUUGCACUGUGGUUAUUCACGAUUCCGCCGACUUUGAUGGUGGUCUUCGGAAGAUGGGACCUUACAGCGGAUACUGACGAGAAGGUCGACUAUACAGAAGACGAGCAAAGCGAGACGAGUGGUAGUGAUGCGGAAGCCACUGUUGGCGUUACGGAAGAGCCAAAAGCAUAG